AUGGGGCUGCACGCCAUCAUUUUACUCUGUGCUGUUGUGGCAGGAGCUUCAGAGAGAUCCUUGGAGAGUUUAAGUUACGCAGUUUCCUGUUUCGCGGAGUGUGUAGGACACAGUGCAUCGUACUUCCCCAAAAGAGCUAGGUACAGCUAUAAGUAUUCAGCCGUCACCAACACGUUUCUGCAGGGAGGCAUUUACAAAAGCAGUGGCAUCUCUCUGGAGAGCACAGUGAUCAUUGAGGUGCAAGAUGUACAGAUUAAGAAAAAUCUUGCAUCCACAGAGGAGCCUCUGAAGGAAAUGGACAGUCUAAGGGAAGUACUAGAACAGCAUCCUCUUCAUUUUUCUUUCCAUGAUGGGAAAGUUCUGAAGCUCUGUCCUGUGAGGAAUGAACAGACCUGGGCACUGAACAUAAAGCGAGGCAUUCUCAGUCUCCUGCAGACGUCGCAAGCAUCCACUGCUAGUGCAGUCGUUGAAGAGGUGGAUGUUCUGGGAAUAUGCCCAACCAGGUAUCAGCGAAAAGGUCCUAUUCUUAUGAAGACAAGGGACUUAAACCUCUGCUCUCAUCGGUAUUCUGGCUUUACCUCUGUGCAGUCUGUUGUUCUUCCUCAUGUGCCAUCUGAGCAGCGGAUCCUGUCCUCCAAACUGGAAUGUGUUCAGAGCAUUAAGGAUGGAGUCCUGUCAGAGGCCAAAUGUACCGAGUCCAACCUCAUUACACUGUUCUCUCAGAAGGGCAAUGGGGCAAAGACACAGACACAGUCUUCACUGAAACUCUUCCAAGUGGAAACAGAGACACUGGACAACAAAGUGGACUCCAAGGAUCUGUAUGUGACCAGCAUGCUCUAUGAAAAGGAAAAAACUGAGAGGGAAGUAACUGGAGGGGAAGUGACUGAACUGGUGUGGAAGCUUUGCUUGGCACAUAGUGCAAGUUUUGAGACUGCAGACCUUUUCAUGACUCUCGUGUUUGAGCUUCGACAACUUUCUCUUGAGGCCUUAAAAGCAGUAUGGCAAAGAUCUUCAUUUAAAUGCAGAGACAACUGGCAGCCGCUAAUAGAUGCUCUCCCAUCUUGUGCUACAGAGGCGUGUGUCGUCCUAAUGAAAGAAAUUAUAGCUUCUGGAGAAGUCGAGGAAGACAAAGUGGAAUAUUUCUUCUGGUCAUUUUCAUUCAUUCCUAAACCCACCUCAGGCAUGAUUGAAUCUCUUGCUCCUUUGCUGAAGUCACCGGGAGCAAGCCAGAGCUGCUUCUUAGGAGUAACUGCUCUCUUGCAUAGGUUUUGUUCAUCCUAUAACUCCUGUGAUGGUGUACCUGCUGUGCAGAGUGUGAUGUGGACUCUUGGGAAAUUUUUGGGAAGAAACUGUACUGUGCAAGAUUCAGAACAACUCAGCGAGGUGCAACUGGUGUUAAAAGCCAUUGGAAAUGCAGGACUGGCAGCAGCAUCGCUAGCUCCUGUUUUGAGCUUGUGUGCUUCCCUGAAAAGUAAUCCAAUUGAAAUUCGUCUAGCUGCUAUCCAGGCCUUCAGGCGCAUUCCCUGUUCUGUCAGGAAUGCUGUAUUAGUUCAGCUCUAUCAAGCAAGCAGCGAAGAUGUGGAAAUAAGGAUUGCUGCUUAUUAUAUAGCAAUGAAAUGUCCGAAUGAAGAGUUAUUUAAACAAGUACAAAAGACUUUGCUGAAAGAAACAUCCAGUCAAGUGGGCUCCUUUGUUUGGAGUCACCUCUCUCAGCUCCUGGAGACGGAUGAUCCAUUGAAGGAGCACCUUCGAGAUUCUAUUCCUGAUGAAAUCCUUAGCAGAGAUUUUGACCGGGAGACAUGGAAAUACUCUUCAUAUUCCGAUGUCACAUUCCAUUCAGGUGGUGCAGGUGGAAAUAUGGAAGCAUCAGUGGUCUUUUCUCCUGCAUCCUUUCUGCCACGAUCAGUCAUGACAAAUUUGACUGUUCACGUUAUGGGGCAGGCUAUAAAUCUACUGGAGGUUGGUGUACGAUUAGAGAAUGCUGAAGCUCUUGUGCAGAAGAUUUUUGGGCAGAAGCCUGCUACUUUCAGUGACUAUUUUUUUGCAAACAAUAAUGAAAGAAAAAACAAGUCAGAAAACCCAGUGGAAACAACAGGAAAAGUCAAGCAGAGGAAGCUGACUUUGAAGCGAUACAGCCCUGCUGAUCAUCUUGUGACCAAGUCUGGCAAGCCAAAGUUGAGAAAAGCUAAGCAGAAUUGUCCUGGUAGAAAGUACAGUAAGAUGAGUGAGUUAGUCAAAAAGUUCACUGAGAGAACAGUGAGAAAGGAGCUGCUGAAAUGUGAGCUAAGCAUGAAAAUCUUUGGAAAUGAACUUAGCUUCUUGGAUUGUGAAGAUUUAAGAAAACAAAUGAAACAUUAUUCUUUAAAUCUGGCUGAGUUGGCUGUCAAGCUUCUGAAGGGGCAAGAGGUCCAGUUUAAUAAAAGGCUGAGUUUGGCCACUGAAGAAUUGCAGUUUCCAGCAAUUUCAGGCUUUCCUAUUCAGCUGGCAGUCAAUGCUUCAGCAGCAAUCAACAUAAAAAUCAAAGGGAAUGCGGACUUCAAACAACAGUCAAAUUUUUUUCUAAAUGGAUAUAUCAAGCCAAGUGCAUUUGUCCAGCUUUCUGCCCAAAUGGGAACUGUGGGAACUCUGGGACAAGCUGGCCUAAGCUGGUUAGCAGGAAUGAGGACGUCUACUAGUCUUGAUGGGGGAAUCCAGGUAAAAAAAGGGCAAGAGGUCAAAGUUUUCUUGAACACUCCAGAAGAAUCUAUGGAGAUAAUUAAUUUCAGCUCUAAACUCUACUUCACAGUGGUGGAUGAGACAGAAGAUGUAGAUGUUUUCCAAGACCACACAGAAACCAGAUCUUGCACUAGGAAGGAAGUGUCUGAGGUUAUUGGCUGGCAGCUGUGUUCUGAAAUGUCGUAUCCUGACCCAGCCGGUGGUUUGGUUUUCCCCCUUACUGGACCUUUGAGAGUGGCUGUCACGUUAACUAAGCAAGAUAGAGGCCUGCAGCAGUACAUUGUGGAAGCUGCAUGUAACUAUAUUCCUCAGGAGAACUCAUGGAUCCCAAGUGAAGCUGUCCUUCACUUCUUUAUUGGGACUCCGAAGUCAGAUUUGAAAAGGGAUAUUGGUGUUGACCUAAAUUUUAGUGUCCCACAGAAGAAAUUCAGAAUCCAAUUUAUACAACCUAAGAAAAAAAUCGAGAUUGAUGGAAGAAUUGAGUUUUCUAAAAAUUCACGAAUUGGACACCUGGAACUCGUAGUAGAUGACAGAGAUGUGUAUUACAUUAAGGGAAUGACAGAUUUGCAGAUGCUAAGUGGAGAGCAGAGGUACGUGAUCCAACUGGAGGUAAAGCUGAUAAAGCAAAGCAGUCCUAUCAUUCUGUCAGGAAACAUCACUAAACAACUUGGCAAGAAGAUAGCUUUUUCAGUAUCCCUGAAUAAUUUGUUGAAGGAUGCUGCAUUUCUUUCAGCAUUUCUGGAGAAAAAGGUUGAUGAUAAGCUGACACAAUACUUAUUGGAAGGGGAGAAUUACCUUCCAGGUGUUCUUGGAGUUCACGUCGUGGGUCUUCUCCAGCAAAGUGAGGGCUUGUGGUCUCAUGGUUUGAAGAUAAAAUAUGGACUCCUAGGAGAGGCAAAAAAUCUUCAUCAUGAAUGCAGUACGCAGCAAAAGAUUAAAGUGGAGACAGGUGCACAUGGUGUGUACAAACUUGAUAUUGGGCAUGAAUUUCACUGUAUGCAGACUCCGACCUAUAAUCACAAGGUUCACCUGAAACAUGAAGCGAGUACAUCUUGGCUUUCCUCCCAGAUGGAAGUGAACUAUGGGAAACACUGGGAUGAAAUAAACAACAAGAAGAAACUGCUGAUCAGCCAAGCAUUUAAGAAUAGUUCCAGUUCAUCUCUAGUCAACUAUUUCAUGGAGUUUACCAUGCAAGUCCUGGAAAAACAGGUGAAUUAUAGAACCCAGCUGCAGCACUUGCACAACUCUCAGGUUUAUUUGCAGAGCAGCACCAACUUUGAGGUGCAGUAUAAUGACCACGUGCCAUUUGUGGCUGGGCUGCAGUGGAAAGACGCAUCCAGAAAUGGCCUGAAGAAGUGGGAAGGUGGAUUAAAAGUAGACACUCCAUGGCUAUAUCUGUACGCAGUUCACAAACUACAUCAGCCUCAGCAUUCUGUGUAUUUAUUGAUUAUGGAGCUGACAACUGGAAAAGCUCUCUCUGUUAAGAAUCUUGUUCUGGAACUAUUUUAUAAAGAUCAAGACAAUGAAAAGGAAGGGAAAGUUAACAUUUACACACCAGCUACCACAUACCUGCAGGCAUCCACAUUUAAUCAUCUUGGGAGGAAUGUUCUGCAUAGCUAUAGUGAAAUGAAAUCUCUGUGGAAUCCGCUUGUGAAGAAUGAGAUUCAUUUGGAGAAUAAUGAACGAGCCAAAUAUCUCUGCUUUAAGAUAAAGAGUACAAAACAGGAAUUUAACGUCACAGCCAGCUAUCAGAAUCUGCCAAUGCCUAAAAAGACAAACUUUUCUGUGAGCAGUGUAUGGAAAGAUUAUAAAAGUCUGCCUGUCACGCUGCAGUUUGAAGGUCAGAUAGAAGAGCUGAAGAAGGAGAAGAUGCUCUAUCAAAAACGUGGAACCCUUCAUUUCAGGCAUCCUUUUAAAGUGCCCAAUCUGCAGAGCUUCCUUCUGCAGGAGACGUUUAUUGUUGACAAAAAGCAAAAGCACUAUUUGUUGGAAACAAAAGUUUUGAUAAAUGGGGUGGAGGAAACAGUUCAAACUCUUACACUUGGUUACCAACCUGAAAACCCCUAUAUUUGUGCUGGCUUGACUCAUCCUUAUAACCACAGUUUGUUCCCCAAAGAUGUUGAAAUAUGCAUUUUAAGUCAAAGUCACCAAAACGUGAAGCAUGGGCUUGAGGCUACUUUGAAGGUCAAUAAGGAAGAUGUUCUCAGCUUUCUAGGGAGGUAUCAGGACAAAUCCAGUGAGGCAAAUUUUAGACAUCUUUUGCAAAUGGAUGUGACACAUUCAUUCCAGCUUGAGUUUCCACAAGCAAUGGGACUAAGCGGGGAGCUGUUUUCCAGGCAGACUAAGCUGGAACACUUUGACUACAGUGUGAGUGUAGAAGUCGUCAUCAACAAGAAUGUAUCUUCACAGGCCCAGGCAGCCCUAAAAAGUUACGGUGAGAGUAAUUCCAAUGGCUCUCUUUACCUUCGUUCCAAUGGAAGGGACAUGCUGAUGCUGGAGGUUGAUAUGAACAAUGAAAACAGGAAGAAUGCCAGAGCUGUCGAAUUGAGGGCUUUUCUCCAUCAGACAAUUCUGACAAACCCAGAAUCAAUACAGUUCCAGCUCAUGGCCGAAAUAUUUCCGUCAAGACUUUUGAUAUCUUCUGAAAUGAAACUUAAUGAAGACAGGCUUCAUGUGCAUUUCAUGGAAGCCAGGGAGCAGAAAGUUGGUUUGGUUUUGUCCCUAAAUGGAAGAGUCCAACACACAUUUGCUGGAUUAAAGGCCAUACCUCAUCUGCUUUCUCUGAAUGGAUUACUGAAGUGCAAAAACAACAUUCAUGAUGGUAACAUCAAUGUGAUGGUCAACAAAACACUGUAUGGACUCCGUCUCAGGAACAGAAAUGUGUUUGGGAAUAGCACCGUACACAAUGUCACUUUUGCUGUGUUUCAGAAUGGCAGUCAGGCAAUCCCAAUGGAGGCAAAACUGAAAGGACACCUGGAGCUGAGUAAAGAGAUGAAAAGGGGGCUAGCUAGCUUCCAGGUGGAUGAGGAGGCCCUUUCUGUAGAUUUUUCCAAUAUCAUGAGUCCUGGGCACAGCAGAGUCAGUGGGACUUUCACACAUAAUAUCAGCUUUUUAAAAAGUGCAGGAUUGCCCUUGGAUGGCAUUCUUACAGCCAUGUGUGACCAUGGCACAAGAAAUCACACCAUCACUAUAGCCCUACAGAGUGGCAGUGAAAGGAUUACCGCUGUGUUUGGAGGUCACAGACUGUCUGCUGAGACUCCUAAAUCCCAGCUAUCUGUGAGUUUAAAGCACAACAUCUCAAAGAUAAAGAAACAAGGCAUCCCUUUUAUUGUGGAAGCUGCUGGCUAUUACGAGAAUUUCACCAAAAAGACUGCUGCAGGGAUAAUAACGACAGUGGAGAUGGAACAGCUGAAAAUUGAAAUAGAGAAGAAAACCACUGGCAGUGCUAUCGAAAUUUCUCUUUCACUUCACCAUGAUGUGGGAGGACUGAUCGACAUUAUUCCAUGUGUACUUGAGGUUGCUUGCAGUGGAGAAACUGCUCACAAACAACUCUCCGGCCUUUGCAAUGGAGCAAUUGCAUUUCAUCAUUUUGAGACUCCAGCAAGAGUUUCACUGAAUGGGUCAAUGUUUACCAGCAACUUGACUGUCAUCUUCUUUGGACGUGUUUCUUUUCAUGACAUGUUUGCCUACCUGCAACUCCAUGCCACCACUAACAUCCAGCCUCAUUUAGAAGUUGAUUUCCAGCAUUCUUUGCCUUUCCUUCAGUCUCUGGGAAUUGCCAGAGAGAACCAAGUGAAGGUGUCAGCCGUGAGAAGUGACAAGUACAAGGGUGUGCUUAGUAUUGUCCUUGGGCCCUGCAGUUUAAAAGCUGAUGGAGAAGUGAGCCUGGCAAGCAAUGAAACAGAUACAGAAUGGGUACUUACUUUUAGGAACAAGUGCAUCAGUUUAGAGAGGAUGGGAUUGCCUCAUGCUGUAGCCUUUGGGGGCUCAUUUCAACAGAACAUCUGCAAUGUUGGCUUGUUAAUGAACCUCCAGUGUGAUGGCAGAACAGUUGAUGUGCAGAUAGACACUUCCUGCGAACACGAAUAUACACUCCAAGGGAUGCUCAGGCAUUCAGUUCACUGGCUGAGUCAGCUUGGGCUGCCUUUUGAAAACUCUGUCCUGUUAUCUGCAGCCACAGACUCCACAACUGAGGGUGUUUUGUUGCUGCAGGCUGGAAAAUGCAAACUUAAGGCUAGAGGAGAUCUCUGUAUUCAGAAUAAAGCUGAAUGGACACUGGAAACAGAAGCAGAAUGUCAGCUUCUGCAGGAUCUCAGUAUUCCAACUCAGUUACGGCUCACAGGGUCUAUUCAGAAAGACAAGUGCCAAGCGGAACUUCUCUGUGUCCUUGAAACAGAAGGCAAGGCUGCACAUCUUGAAGUGAGAGCAGAGUGCAAGCCAAAGAUUACACUGGAAAUUCAAUUCAGGCAUGACCUCCCUCAACUGAAGGAAAUUCCAAGGGAAAAUAAGCUGUCCAUCACGGCACGAAAGCAGUUAAAAUACCAUAUCGGAAUAGGAAUGCAAUUGGGUGCUUGUGAGCUUCAAAUGAAUGGGGGCUUUGAGCCUGAAAAGAAGCUUCGGUGGAAAAUGUUUAUAGAAAACAAAUGCCAAACAAUUCAGGAUCUUGGAGCACCAGUAAAAAUUGACAGUUCAGGCUAUGUUUUGAUGGAUAAAAUGAACCUAGAUUCACAGAUGUUGAUCACUGUUGAUGAAAAUAAAUUACAAGGACUCCUUAUUCUAAAAGUCACUGAUGAAAGACAAGAAUUGGAUGUGGUGCUAACCCAUAACAUUCAAGGAGCUGCUGACAUUGGCAUUCCUAUGAGGAUAUUAGUCGAUGUGAUAUCAGAAAAAAGCAGUGACUUCUAUAAAAGACUUAUUCACUUCUGUGUGAACAGCAAGCAAAUUACAGAAGAACUGAGCUUUGUCCAGAAGUUGUAUGUUAUGUCUCUCAACUACAAACUUACUCAUAACAUAGAGGCACUGAAGACUUUGCAAAUCAAAGACAGGAUUGAGUUGCAAGCUAUCUUGAACCUGGAAGUGAUCAAGAGCUUUAGUAUGAAAGUGCAUUAUGGUGCCCACCUAACAGUUCUCGAAGGACAAAUCCAGCAGUUUGAAACAAGUACCAAUGUAACUGGGAAUUUCCAUCAUACUUGGCCAUGGCUGAUACAAGCCAGAGUCCCAUCUUCUCUACAGAUAGAUAUGGUUUUUCAAGGGAGAAACACUACUCAAGAAAGAUAUAUGCACAUUGCAGCUGGAGAAACAUCAAUCACAUACAUAAUAAACUCCUAUUAUGUUGCUCAGCAAGUGGAUGUCUUUUGCCAAAGUGUACAUAGUAGUGAGGCACUACAGGCAGCUGGCUACCCUAAGGCAAUCAACUUGAUUCUCAGUUUACAGAAAUCAGAAAGCAAAGCCAAGACUAUCUGUGAAAUCCAGUAUGACGACAAAUAUAUAACUGUGACUAUGGAUGUUGACACAGACUUUCAACUCUAUGGUACGUUUGAAUUCAUGGCAGAGGUGAAGCAUUCGAUAUCACUUCUCCAUCAUCUGGGACUUCCCUUCUUUCUUAAGAUAACAAUUCAAGAAGUUAUGACUGAAAAUGAAAUUGAAGGGGCUCUGAGGCUGAUCUGUGAACAAAACACCAACUUCUCCUUUACCAUCAGUAGGAAAAAAGACCAGCAAGGUGAGGAGUUGAAUAUAAAAGCACUCCAGAUUCAUCCCUUCCGGAUGAAGUCUUUACAGUACAUCCCCAGUGCAGCAGAACUGUCUUCUAAGGUAAAUUAUGACAUGAGUGAAGCAAAAGGCAAUCUCUACCUCAGGAUGGAAAAAGAGGAUUUCAAUGUUACAACUAAGCUAACUUUCACUGGAACCAUCUACACUAGUGUCAUUGAAAUAAUACAGACAAUGUCCCAGUUAAAAAUUCUUCCAAGGCAGCUUGCAUUUAUGAUGGUUUACCAAAAAGACAAGAGAACACAUCUGCUGAGGCACAUCGCUCUGUGGGAUGGUAAAGAGAUAAAGGUAACAGGCACUUACACUGGACUCUUCCCAAAGUUGCCUGGAGGUCAUGACAUUCAGGUGGAACUUUUCCAUCCUCUAUCCAUCCCUUUCCCACGGCAUGCCAAGGUCAACUUAUAUGUGAAGCAUUCGUUACGCAGUCACCGGGAUGAUCUUACUGUUAUUUGGAAUGAGAAGGACCAGGUAUCAGUGUCAUCUUCUCUGAAGUUUGGAAGAGACCGUAUGAACUACAGAGCCACCAUUGCCCACCCAUUUAAUUACACUCUGAAGCAACUGGAGGUCCAUUCCCUGUCAGAAAGAAGAGGCAGAAAGUACAACCAGCAGCUGCAGCUCAGAGGGAAUGGUGGGCAGCCUGCUGACAUCCAACUGGCCCUGGAGGAUAAAUCAAAGAUGAACAUCACUGCCUGGCAUGGCUGUAUGACACUCUCUUCAGGUCAGCUUCAGAGAGUAUUAAGUAUGGAACACCUGCAUGCAUGUGGGUCUCUAGAGCAAAGAUCAGCAUUGUUUAACGAAUAUCUAGAUCUAAACUGGGAUGACAAAAAAUUCAAACACAAUUUAACGUAUGAGAGAAAUCAGUUCUUGUAUCCUGAUAAAUUUCAGUUGGAAGCUGUUCUGGAAAAUAUUUUCCUGACCUCAUGCACCAAACAGAAGAUCCUGGGUAAAAUAGAAACAAACUACUCAUCUUGCCUGGACUAUUAUAUGAGCUUUGAGCUCUGUGACCUUCCAAAUGUAAUUGUUUUCUCUGGAAAACACCAGCUCAACAAAGAUGACAUUGUUUUGCAAUCAGAGGGCAGAUUCCACCUUGGUGAUCAUGAGGGAAAUGAGGGGAUGAUUGGAGUAUUCUUAAAAAAUCAGAGUACAGCUGAUGUGAAGAACUAUUCUUUGGAAAUUGAAUUAAGAGCCUUUGAAGAUAUUUGGCUAGGCCUGACAGGAACUGCUGCUUCCUCAUCCGUUCAGAGCCAAAUCCUGGUGGAGGGGAUUAUUGAUCAGAAAGAGAAAGUAAAAGUUGCUGCUUCUAAAGGAAAGGAGUGUUUUCAGUGCUACGUGGGGUAUUUGAAAGGUGAUUUGGAAGAAGGAAUGGAAGUCAGUGCUUGUACUGAUGGGCAACAGGCGGCUACCGUUAAUGCCUACCUCAACAUUAAUGGUGAACGGCAAGAAAACGUGGGACGAAUGACUCUAGCAGCUGUUAAUGGAAGCUUGAGUUUUCUGGCUCAUGGAUGUGGGGAUCGGGUUCUUAAGGCUGAGAACAAACUUAAUGAAAUCAGGAGCCUUCUGAAAGCCAAACUGAUGGAGAAGUUGAAGGAGUUUGACGCAUAUAUGUCGAGAUUGAGGAGAUCAGUGCAGCAAGUCGAUUUUCUGUCUGAAGCAGCCGUCUGGCCUUCAAUAGCCUUGCAAAAGGUAGCAGGAUUCCUCCACAGUGUGCAUAGAGCUGUCGCCCAGGUGUGGAAGCAAAGUGGAAUCAGGCAGAUACUGAGAAGCAAGCUCCCGCUUUACCUGGAUAAAAUUCAAGACAUCGUCCAGCAAAUGCAGAAUGAAUUGCAAAAGCCAUUAGCAACUUUGAAGGAUGCCUACUACGAUGUAACCUUGAAGCCACUGGAUGAAGUUUGGCAAGAGAAGACAGAAGAGUACAUGAAGAAAAUUCAGGCUGUUUUACCCAAGAUUGUAAAAGAUGUGUGGCUAAUGGAACCAAUCCAGGUGGCGUUAAAGGUUGUGAAAACAGGCUUGGAUAUGACUACACAGCAGAUGCUCAGAUGGGCAGAGGCCGUGUUUUCUAGAGCUGUGAGCAAGAUCCGGAAGCCCUUACUCAACCUUUACAGUUUUUCAGCCAGGAACUGUUCAUUGGCAGUAAAACUGCCAGUACUUCCUAAAGCAGACCGCUCCCUGGAUCUGGCAAAUAUUACUAAUUAUCUCAUUGAAGAAAAGCUAAUGAGGCCUCUCCAAGACCUCUACAAUAUCAACAUAGUUGCAGAGUAUUAUAGAUUCAAACGGAGGAUGAUGGAGAGUCCCUUUGAAUAUCAUGCUAUGUUAAUGGGGACCAAGCAUCUUAUGACUUUUGAUGGAAGAAUUUAUGAUUUGGCAUCAAAGUGCAGUGUACUUCUUGCCAAGGAUUUUGUUCACAAUACUUUCACUGUAAUACUAAACGAGGAAACUAGUAACUCAAGAUCACUAUAUGUGGAGAUGAACCAGACCGUGAUCAGUAUCCAUCCAAGACUGAAGAUAUCCAAGAUGUACAACUUUUCCUUUAUGGAAGAGAACUGCCAAGUACUGAAUCAAUCCCUUGAAAAGAAUAACACUAAUUCAAGGAGAGAAACCAACAAAGUAGAAGUGUCUAAUCAGAAAGGAGUUUCUGUCUCUUGUGACUUUCAGUAUGAUCUCUGUACUGUCACUCUGGCUGGCUGGCACCAUGGUAUUUCAGCCGGGCUUUUGGGUACCAAUGAUAACGAAGCUGGAAAUGAAUGGAUGCUUCCUAAUCGUUCGUUCACUGACAACCUGCAGGAGUUCACACAGAGCUGGCAGGUGAACACGUGCAGUCUCGUACAGAGGACAGUGAAGCCAUGUCCAAUUACAGCUAAGCAAAAAGUCUGUAAAGUGUUUUUUGAAGAAUCACAUUCACUUCUUAGGAACUGCUUCAAAGUUGUGGACCCUGAACCCUUCUACAGCAUGUGCACCUCCGACACCUGCCGCUCCCAGGAGCUGAAGGCUGCCUGCAGUUUAGCAGCAGCUUUUGUUCAUUUGUGCAACCGAAAUUUUGUCCCUGUGGAAAUUCCUCCUCAGUGCUUGAGACAGUUCUGAAUGGCAGAUACCAGCCCUGAAGAUGGAAGAACCCUUUCAGUACACAAACUAAACCAGCUGUUUUAGGUAGACGAGCUAGAACCAAUAGUAAGGAGAACAGUAAAAGUGUGAAUGAAUUUGCUUUAGGACUACGAAUAUAAGCUUUUCACCCAGAAACACCUGAGGGUAAGAGGAAUGAUUUCAGUACAGUGACAAGAAACUAUAAGCAACCAGAAGAAACUGGACUAAGUAUCAGUAACUUUAAAAAAUUUUCUCCUGUUCAGUGGCAAAAUAGCGUCUCCACAAGCCUUCAAGCCAUAGCAUAAACACAUUUAAAAGAUGACAAAAGGUCUUUUCCAGCUCAGAUUAGUACAAGUAGGCUGCUUUGUGAAAGCAGUGUAUGAGCUUUGAACCUGCACAGAGAUGCUGGCUUCUUUUUUCUCCAGAAUUGAAACUGAGCUCUUCAGUAAAUUCUGGAGAAAGUGCCCUUUUUCCAGGGAAGUGACCCAACAUGCAAGAGGGCUAAGAUAGAAAUAGGAUGGUUACGUAAUUGAAAGCAUUUAAUCAUUUUCUCAUUUUUAUGGUGGUUGAUUUUUCCCUUAUUAAUGUGUACAUUGUAAAAUAAGAAUCAGCCUUCUUGGUAUCUGUCCUGCAGUUUCACAUUCUCCCUUUGUGUCUUUAGAACCCCCUUCUCAGAAAUCAGUUUACGUGUUAGAAAAGAUGACUGAUACCCAUCCUAUCCAUAAAGUAGUCCUACGGUGUCAUAGAUACUGUUUUGUGAGUGUCUCAACUGUUAAAUUACUUUAUAUAUAUGUAGGUCUGUUGAUUAAAAAAAUGCAUUACAUUUCUCCUCACAGUACGAGGAAUGCAAUUAUGCCUUCGUAAAAGGUAACACUGCAAAAUCCUUCACAUGUCUUUGCAUAUCAUGCAAACAUGGAAAUAAUGGUGUUCUGAACUAUGAAUUAAUGUUAAUAAACAUUUGACUUGCUUAUUUUUAUGCUGGAGUACAUUUUUACUGAUUAUUUGUAAGAAUAAAGUUGUACUGAUCUACAGAGUUGGAACUGGCUGGGUUUAAAUGGCUACUGCAGUUCACAGAGACAAAAAUAGCACGUGGCCUCGGCUAUCUUCUGUAUGCUGCGUUAGGCUACGCUUGCUUUCUGAACGCUUACACUGCAGUUUUACACAAAUUCUAAGUAAAACAUGACUCUCAUACUAGCCAGAGAAAAUGCCUGCAAUCGCUAGGAUUUCCACACACGUGAAAGGUUGCUAUAUAAAACAUGCUAGAAAUCAAGUCUUCCUGUGUAAUAAUUUUAUAACUGCUUACCUACAGAGGUGUUUUAUAACAAAGUAUAAAGUACUUCUGACAGUUAAAGAAUAUUUAUACCAGUUAUUGAUUAAAAAAAAUGCAUAAUCUUCUCCCGAGACACUUAAUGCAUGCUAAGCACACCAAACACCUUUCAAAAAGCACUGAGGUGACAGUUGCAGGAACAAAGUAAGAUGUCAGCAAGUAGAGCAAAAGGUUCAGAAGAGCUGCUUUACUUUUCAGCUAGUUGCAGCGCAGGCUGGGAUACAGAAGAGUUUAACUGUAUGCUACCUGUAGACAGCAACACAGAUAUGGAUGCAGAUACUGGGUCUCCUAGAAGCUGCAUAUAACAUAUCACAGGCUAUAAAGAAGCCAUUUACACACCAAUAAACAUUUUAAACUACCACCAUUGUGCUAGGCCCAUUUAAAGAUGUCUGGAGAUGGUCCCGGUUUAUGCAAAUGCGUGGUUUGUGUCUAGAUAUUCAUUACAGAGGCAGGAACUCUGUAGUGGGAACUCUGGAGAACAGGCCCUCCGAACCACACCUGAAGCCCGUGAAGUUCAGCAGGAGCCCGGGUCAGCAUGGGCACAGGUUGCUUCAUGCUUGUGUGACUCAGUGAGGAGGAGGGGGAGACAGAACCUAAGCCAACAGGAACCUCAACCCCUCCUGCCCUGCUGUUACAAACACCCAACUGACCACAGAGACAAUAAAUAUCGCAUCAGACCAGUAAUAAAAGUCUGUACAAAGCACCGUUUCUACAGAAUAGGACACAAAGAAUAAUGAUCUGGGGGGAAGAUGAGAAAAAACAAAAACCAAACCACACUUUUCAAUACCUUGUUCAUAAUUUGAGUUUAAAUUUGAGCAUUGAUUUAUAGCUUUCAUGAAUAAAGUCAAAUUCCAUUUUUUCAUAUUGGCAGCUAUGCCUUUUCUAUGUGCCGGACAGACUGCUGGUGUUAGUGGAAAGGCAAUCUCUUUUUCAUGCCUGGUCAUUAAGUAACUAGCAAUAAAUGUGCAGUAGUUUGUCACAGGUCAAGAGGUUCUUCAAAUGGACUUUGUAAAACCUUUACUGAACCAAGGAAACCAUCCAUCCCAAAGACUUUUAAGUAUGUCUUGAUCACACUGCACGGUAAUGUCUCAUCUUGGGAAUUAAAAAAUGGAAAUAAUACACCACCCUCCCUGCCUAACAGAAGAAAGAUGUCAGCUACGUUGUAAGGCAGCUUGUAUUAGCAAACAAGCCAUUAACUAGGACAGUGACAGAGGCUGAUGUGGGGAGGCACAUUCCAGCAGUCCCCAACAGCUGGAUAGCAGCCGCCCUCCUGCCGACCCGCUCUUGCAGGGGAGUCUGCCAAGAUGAGGUGUGACUCAGCGCAAAAAGCAUCCCUCAAAAGACAACUAAAAUAUGUGUGUGACUCCUCAUGGAUGUGAUCCUCCAGGAAGGAUCCCCUUGGCAGGAUUUUACUGAAUCAUUGCUCACGCCAAUAACUUCAGUUUCAGUAUUUCAAAAUGGUCUUUUUCUGUGCACUACCCCUGACUUUAUCAGGACUAAACUUUUAGUAUACAACUACUGAUAAUACUGUACAUUUUAGAACACCUUGACUGAAGUAAUCUGAAACGUUUAUGCUUCAGAGGAACAUAAUGCAGUAGAGAAGACUAUGUUGUCCCAUGGAAAAUGCAUAAAACCCAUUGAAUAGCUAUACAUCAUGCAAUACAAAUGUCUCUGACCUUGCCGCCUGGCUCACUGGAGGCCAGAACUCCCGCAUCUGUAACUCAUGCUGAUCAGAGCACUUUAAACACAACCCCCCACACCCAGCUGUGGUUAAGUCAGUGUUCCAAGUGUUAGUAUUUUUAGUGUGUACAACCUUCAACACGUCCUUUAUAUAGGUCAUAAACAGAAACUCCAGCUCUACAAAGUUCACAGGCAUUUAUGCAUACCAUGCGAACUCUUAUGCCUCAAAAACUUAGCAGCAAAGUUGAGGUUUUGAGGCUCUAUCACAGGCUGAGAAACUUUGAAGUUCACAGAGCCUGUUUCUGCCAGUUGAGCUCCCCAGAUGCUAGUAUGUAUCCAGAGUUGUUCCAGUUACGACAGAGCUAACAGUGCACAGAAGCCUUCCUGCAGUCUACAGCCAUUCUCCUGCCCUCUUCAAGGUCUAAACACCAGCUUGCUUAGAACAAGAUCCCAGCUUUGACCUCCCCCUCCACAAGACAGGGCUAGAGAAGCCCCUCAUCCUGUAACUUCUGUUACAUGCUCUGCUGUAGAACAGGAACAAAAACCACAGGCAAACCCACAUGCUACUGUAGAACUUGAGACAUGAGUUACGAUGUGGAAAAGGGAGCAUUCCCACUACCCCGUAGAGCCCUACAGUGCCAACCUCUGGAAACCCAGAGACCAGGCCCUUCAGCCCACCCCUUAAACCAGGGUGGCACAGAAGCCACAAACAGCCAUAAGCAGCAUCAGUCACUCAUUAGGUGAAGCACAGCUAAACUCCAAGCCAACGCAAUCACUAGAAGUCUUUUGAUUAGAAGCUUGUUGUUCAACUUUGCUAAGAGUGUCUUUUGCUUUGAAUUCCUAGGAAAGCACUUUUUAACGUGAACUUCCAUAAAAGCACCCAGUCUUGGCUUUAAAACCCUUAAAAGUUACUGUUCUACUAAUAUAAUUGCAGGCCCUUCUGAAGCACUACUUCAGGUCAGCAGCAGAUAGCCUUCCAACCAACCGCCAAGCAACAUUCACAGCUUUGUACUGAUCAAAUACCUGAAACUUGCCAGGGGGCUGGAACCAGAGUUUACAUCUGGGUUUUUAGUGAGGUCAAGUGUACAGUACAGAGGCAGAUAGAUACUGAAACACCCUAAAUCAAGCAAUGAUGAGAUCUAGAUCUUGUUUUGCUUGGAACUGACUGCUAACAAGUGAGCAAAGAAACCCAAUGCUUUGUCUCACGAGCCCCUGGAUGGGAGAAGGCGGUGAAAGAUGCAAAGAAAUCCUCUACAAAUCCAGUCCAGUCUUACAUAAAUCCAGUCCAGUAUAAAUACAACUUUUCAGAUGCAUUCAGUGAAUUAGCAGUAGUUUCACUCUUGAUAGCCUCUACAUUGUGCACCCACCAACUAUGAAUGCAGGGGCUACAAGCUGUAUUUAAUUCUGCUGUAAAUUUACUGCCACUAGCAAGGAUGCAGCAGACCUCCUAGCUCUUUAUUUCCAGGGUGUUACUGCCUAGUUAGAAAGCAUGGCAAGGUGAACUUACUUGGAAGGAGCUUUGGGUUCCUGGCAUAGUAAGAAUUCAGAUGGAAAAGUAUCUAUCACCAGAUAAAAACAGCUGCCAGCCAAUAUGCUGACCACGUGGAUCAUUUCUGAAAGGCUGCAGCAUUCCACAAGUGGUUUUCUUUGCAGCAUUAAAAUCACUAAACAAACUCAGACUGCCAAAAUUCUGUAUAUAUGUGUUUUGGCAUUUCAUCGGCAGGGGCUCACAACACAGGACUCCCAUUAUACAACUGCCUCUGAUGUGGUCUGGUUUGGAAUACUAAACUCAAGGCUGGAAUCGCACUGUGAAAUCCAGUCCUUAAUCUGUGAAGGCAACAUUUAAAGAUCUACUUAAGACAGUAUUUAAUUUCUAUACGCUUUGAAAACAUAAUCCUAUAAUUUUAAAAUUUAAUUACCACCACUUGAUUGUUGUCUUAAAUUGCACAAUCACCGAGUACAUCAUCUUCCCUUCCUAUAGGCAUUCUUAAUUAACACAACUGCAUUGCUGGACAAUACAGGCCCAAACUACAA